CUCAUUGGUGCUCCCCGGAGGCCGUGGCCGAGGCCGAGCAGCUAGAGGUUUGUGGCUUUCUUUCCAAGUCUUUGAGACGCCUUCUUGAUACUCCAUGCCAGUCACUCAUUCCCGUUGCCUAAACCGAUUCACCUCCAUGAAUUCAUAACACGCCAAGCAAGCAACGGCGACCAUGGCCUCGCCUUCCCCCAUCAAGCUGGAGUACCGCGGCCGGCUGGCCAUCCUCACCAUCGACAAUGAGAAGAAGCUGAACGCGCUCGACCAGUCGGGCUACUACGACCUCGCCCAGAAGAUGCGCGAGAUCGCCACCCACGACGAGGUCUACAUCACGCUGCUCAUCGGCAAGGGCCGCUACUUCUCCGCAGGUGCAGACGUCACCGCCGCGCGACCCAGCGCCGCCCAACUAGCCGCGCAAUCAUCCCCCUCCACGAACACCACCACCACCGCCACCAGCCCACACCGCUACUGGCUCCAAUCCUUCGUCGCGCUCAACCUCAACAUCACGCAGGCCUUCUACACGCACCCCAAGAUCCUGGUGGUCGGCCUCAACGGCCCGGCGGUGGGGCUGUCGGCGGCGCUGGUGGCGAUGGCGGACUUCGUGUACGCGCGGCCGACGGCCUUCCUGCUGACGCCCUUCAGCUCGCUGGGGCUGGUGGCCGAGGGGGGCGCGUCGCGCGCGCUGGUGCGGCGGCUGGGCGUGGCGCGCGCCAACGAGGCGCUGCUCAUGAGCCGGCCCAUCGGCUGCGCCGAGCUGGUCGCCGCCGGGUUCGUCAACAAGGUGUUUGACGAGUGCGCCGCGGACGGGGAGGACGGCAAGUUCAGGGAGCUGGUGCUGCGCGAGAUCGACGAGCGGCUGGGGGAGCACCUGAACGGCGAGAGCUUGCUGGGCAUCAAGCGGCUGCUGCGGCAGCCCGAGCGGGACGUGAUGGAUCUGCAGAAUGUGGCCGAGGUGUUUGCGGGGCUGGAGAGGUUCGUCAGCGGCGUGCCGCAGGAGGAGUUUGCCAAGAUUGCCUCGGGGAAGAAAAGGCAUAAGCUUUGAUCUUGGGCACUGGACAGUUGUGUGUGUGUAUUGA